UUCUAGUCUUAUCUUUAGCCUCAUGUAUUCCUAAAAAUAUGGUGAGACAUAUUGUGCUAAGAGAUGAUCUCUUAGCCAAGAGAAGGCAAAGAUCUUUUUUUGUUUCUCUCUCCUCCAACUCAGCAAUUAUCUUAUGUGGCAUUCCUAAGAUAAGACUAAGAUAAGACCAUUGUACAUGCCCUAAAAGUUUUGGGAAUCGGUUAGAGAUGCCCUUAGUGCGGAGGCUUGGUAAUGAAAUCUUGCAUCUGCGAAAGAUCGUAGACACGCACACGGCACACAAUCACGAAUAUAGUGUAUGUGAAUCGUGCGUCUACUUCGUUUGUACUCUUGUAAGAGAAAAGAAGGCUGUGUUGUCUCGCUCAUGCAGUCAUGCAUAUCUAAAAGUUGGAGCGCUUUCCUUGUCCAGCUCCUGACAAGUGAAAGCGCAACUGUUAUUAACCUUUUUCAAGUUAGGUAAGGUCUUGUGGAAUCUUAACCUAAACUCUGCUAAAUCAUCGGGAGUCAGGUCCAAGUUGACUAUUAACAUAUGACAAAUUAUAUUCAUAACCACGUACGGGGCUUCUCUAGACGAGGAAGAAGACAUUGCAUUGUAUACUUCAGCGGUGUCGACAUUCUAACAACAUGCAUGGCAACAUUUCCAACAGUGCCAGCACGACCAAGUUUGGUUGCCGCAUUCUGUAUGGAAAUGAUCCUAUUCCCCCGGGGGACGCGCGCGUCGUAACCUCCUGGUGGAGCGUCGUCCGAUGGGACUUCCAUCGUCGGCUGUUAUUGCGCCACGUCACCCACUCGCGGACAGGGCGUUACUCCUAUCCCGCAUUUGCUGCAUCCCACCCACCACCUGGUUGAGACGGCGGUUCCUGUCUGGGGGCUCGUGGGCUUCGUGGUGGAGAGGUUGGCGACGGCGGAGCGAAUCCGCGCGCCGCCGACGGUUCCUGCCACCGGAGCGAAUCCGCUUCCUCCGGUGAGUUGCCUACCUCUUCCUCGUCUAGGAAUUCCUCCUCUGCUGCUCUUCCCCCAACCCUAGGGUUUUUUCCGCCGCCUAGAACUCCGCGGUGGCGUUGCAAAUCCGGGCACCGCCGAUGAUUUGCUUUUGAUGUGCGCCUCCAGUGUUGCUUCCCGUGCGAUUAAAACACGUUUUCGUCCAAGUAAUUGUUUCGUACCCGUUGAAUCCUCACUUUUCCCCUUCAUUUUCUAGGACUUCUUCAAGGGAAUCGUCGCUGGCCUUCGAUUCGAGUGGUUCCGAGGAAUUUCUGCCUCUGCAAUCAUGGUUGAAGAUGGGAUUGGUCAUUGGGUUUCCAAGGAUCGUUUUGCUGCAAAGCGUCUGCAUGCUCUUGCUGCAGAUCUCGAUGGUCCGAAGAGACGUAUUAUUGAAGAGCAUAGUGCAUUUAGAGCAUUGUUGAAUGUAUCUCCAUUCAACAUUCCUAAUGCUCUAAUAGACUUUGUUGCCUCUCAUACUAGCCCUGGUUUGCGGGAGUUCAAGUUCCACAAGAAGAGGAUAGUUUUCACAAAAGAUAUGGUGAGGAAAGUUUUUGGAAUUCGAUGUGGCGACAGACUUAUUGUUCAGAAGAAAGGUGAGCAUCCUGAGCUGCGGCAGAUGUACAUAGAAGAAGGACAAUCAAGGCCUUUCAUCCAGCAUGCUGUUAAAUUGCUCAAGGCUUGUGAUGUUACGGAGGACCUCACCAUUAUCAGAACAUGGGAUCUUCUAUGUUUGGCUACGGUUAUUGACCCUGGUAGCGCAAAUCUGCUUAGCCUUGACUAUUUGGACUGUAUGUUGGACCCUCGGAGGACUCACGAGUUUGCAUGGGAUGAACACUUGCUUGAGUUAGCAAUGCAGGAGGUUACAAAAAUCAAUAGCAAGACAGCAGAGGUAGUGGUACCAGGAAAUGCUAAGAAACAUGAGUUUUGGAUCACUGGACCGUUCGCCCUUCUAGUUGUUGUCUACAUGGAUCACCUGGAUUUUCCACGAAACCAACAUGUCAUUAACUACUCAAUUCCUAGAGUAUGUUUUGUGACCAGUGGUGAUUUCAAGUUUGUUGUACAAAAUGAUGCUGAUAGGAAGAUCCUGAAUAAUAAGACUGUUUUUGGAAGGCGUCCGAUGAGUUACUCAUAAGCUUAUACGUGAGGUUGUUGCACCGCUUGUUUCUUUUGUAGUUUUUUCUAUAAGAUCCUUAUUUUCUUCUCUUUUUUGGUGUGUAGUUUCUUGAACUGUCAAACACUCCUUAUGGAGUUGCUGCUUUUUCUAACCGUCAUCAUGUUGAGGAGCCUGUUGAGCAGCCUGUUGAAGAUUCUGAAGUGAACCCGUCUGCGUCGCUCAAUGAAUGGCUUGUGUUUCCUACUAGUCAGGAUCUUGAGGUUCCAGCUGCGUACAAGCAUCUGUAUGAGAAACACAUGUCUAUUUAUGGUCGUGAUGUUGACACCACGCUCAAGAAUUUUGGUGUUGGUUUGAAACAAAUGCAUUCGCAGCGCAUGGCAGCUUUGCUUAUUGACAUAGAUGCAGCAAUGAAAGAAGAUGAUGGUCCUAGUGUGCAUUUCCCAACCGGAGGGGGAGUUGAAGAUGAAAAUAUGGACGGUGCUGACGGACAUGAUGAUGAAGGUACUGCCAAUCAUGCCGAUGAAGAAAUCCCAGCGGCUGAUUCUGAAGAAACAGACAACGACAAUUUUGUUGUCGAAGCAAGAGCUGCUGACAUGGACCCACGCACACUCGUCGUGGAUAUGCCCCAAUCAACUGUUCUGUUGGAUUCUUCUACUGGUGGAGAUGUUGCUGGUGAACAGGUUGCUGUUGACAGCCUUGUGACGUCACCUAUGAACUCACCAUUUGCUCGUAUACCGGAGGGUAUAUCUGUAGAAGCUUGGAAUAGAGCCCCUGACCCUCCAUCUAUAGAUCUAUUCUCCCAGGAUCCAGAUGAAGUUGUUGUGCCUGAACAGCAAAUUACUAUUCCUGCAGAAGAAAUUACUCUGCCUGCUGAUGUUGCUUCUGUAGUGAAGCUAGACGACACAUCUUCUGAGCAGCCUAAAGCUAUGGAGGCUACAACACCACCCAUACCAUCCAGGGAUGCUGAAGAUCACUUGGGCGAGAACGUGUCACCGCAGCAUCCUACAAACACAGGUGAAAAUGUUACAGUUAUUAAGAGAGCUAGACUUGUUGCUGCCGAUGACAAACUAAGUCUGAUUGCUGGUAUUCCUUUACAUGUCGGUUCAACUGUUAUUGUGGCUGAAAGAAGCCCUUCUCCUUCUGAUGUUGUCACCAAAGAUGCUAGUACUGGUGCUAAAACUGUUGAAAAGAAAACUAGGUACAAGAGGGCUGCCAAGGGUGAACUCUCACCUCCGAAGCUGAAGAAGAUUAAGGUCUCUCAAGAUGUUGUGCGUAAGUACGGCAAAUAUGUUUCACAUGGACAUAAAUUCAAGAGGAAGAAGAAGAAUGAAGUGUCCAAAGAGUUUCUGAAGAUUGGUCGAUUCUUUUGCUCAUACAAGUCCUUCAUUGGAGCUCUUCGUCCACGCCAAUAUUUGAGCAACGUUGUGAUGGCAGUUUGGACAGAGAAGUUCAAUCAUGCAGCAAAAGCAAGUGCUGAGAAGAAUCCCCGAAAUCACAAGAGAUAUGCUUUUUCUCCGUACUUUGCGGUAAGUAAUUUAUUGCAUUUUUCUCUUCCAAGCUUGUCCCAUGUUAUCACUUGCUUCAUCAUCUUUUAUUGUUUUCAAACAUACAUGAAAAGCUUGUUGUAGAAACCUCUACUUUUGACCCUGCCUCUGUCAUGAAAGAGUUCAAACUUGCAUGUAGCAAAUUCAAAGUUCUGAAAGAUGACAUGGUGAGUUUUCGUGUGUGUUCUUGUUUUUGUGAGCAAUUUCAAGGUUUCUCAUGCAUGUAUAAUUUCUUCGUUCUUAAAUUAUCUCUCUGUUUGUAUGUAGCUUUACCUGCCCAUUGUACAAGCCGAUCACUGGAUUGUAUGCUGCAUCAACUUGCUGUGCAAGCAAUUUCACAUUUUGAUUCAAUGCUGCCAGAGAAUGGUGUGAGCACCUUAGCAAAAGCAGCAAAC